AGACAGCUGAGUGGUUUGUGAAGUAUUGACUUGAGUGGGAGUCAGUCGUCGAGUCGUAGUAGUCAGUCAUCGAGCAACCUACAUCAGAUCACUCUCAGAAAAAGAUAAGCGUGCCUGCUCUCGUCUCGUCUCUUCUCGUUCGCGUCCUUGCAGAAUGGACGGAGAAGCCGCGCCGGACUGGGUGGGUGACGAGUUGGACGAGCUUCGCUACAUGGAGGGGAAGAACGUACUACCGCUUGUAUUGCUCUCGUUGUAGAUGUACGGCGGCUGCGCGAUGUAGUUGCAUAGUGGUCGCGAGAGGGUAGUCUUGCGUAGUUGUGUAGCCAGUGACCUCCUUUCCUCUGUGGUUUCAGUGAUUGCUCAGCCAAGCUCAGUAAAUCUCGGCCAGCCAUUCUCUCUCUCAUUGUUUUCGUCGUCAUGUCCAGGUGUAUUUGAAUUACCGGGCUGCAAUCGAGGCGGAUGAUUUUUCGAAGGUUUCGACUGCAGACCAGCAAAGGGUGUCCGAUACUCUGGACGAGGAUAAGUUACGGCUAAGGUUUUCAGGCUGGAGCAGUAAAGAAGUAGUAAGUAAGUCGUAAGUAGGUAGUAAGUAAGUAGGGAGUAACUAAGAAGUGUGUAAGUGUAAGUGGGUAGUAAGUAGUAAGUAGGUAGGUAGUAAGUAGCUAGUAAGUAAGUAGUGCGUCAGUCGACUUCUAACGAGGAUAACCCCGGAGAACUUGAUCAGCUCGAUACUCGAGAACGUGGACGCGGCGGAGGGAGUGAUGGGAGUCAGUGCCAAGGUCUUCGACCUCCUCUUCUAUAUGCAGAAGCGACACCUGUGGAAGAAGCAGCAGGCGAAGAAGAAGAGGCGGGGGAAGCUAGCGGAGGAGCUCCAGAACAUGGCUGAAGCGGAUGGGGCGGGGGAGCUGUGCGUCGUAAAUUAUGGCGCAGGGCCGUACUCGAGUAGUCUUGGGGCGGUAGUAGGAGAAUCAGGGGGAGGCAGUAGUAGGUAGCACGUAGGUAUUGGGAAGAGAAUCAGGGGAAUGCACUAAGCUACCGGGGGAAGUAGGGGCCAGUUGUGAGAGUGCGGCGACCUUUCAUCUUCUAACCAUUGAAGACGAGCGACGGCGGCACGGUGAUCAGGCCCCAGUGUAGUAAGUUAAGGCCACUGCCCUCCCAUCCUUCUCCGCGUCUUGGGUCCGUUUUCCUUUGUUUUCUCAUGCGGUAGAACUAGAAAGCAAGGGCAGGGAACCCAUCUGGAUCAGAUGGCCGGGAUCAAAUGGGCUGGGCUCUAAGUUGGGAAGUUUCUGAUCGGGUGCAGAGAGUGAGGACAGAGGCGGACCGGCAGGCUAAAAAAACCAAGAAAGAGACGGACCGGAAGGAGAAACUGGCAAGGAAAGCAGCGGAGAAGGUGG